ACCACGCCUCCCUCUGGCCAACCAUGUCACUUGACUGGAUAAUCUGUAUGCUGGUGAUUGCAUAACGCAACCCCCCCCCCAAUGCCUCUUGGAGAUGUGUAUAAUUCAGCAGUGGAUCUCCCCCAUAUGAGUUUAACCUUUUUGUAGUUUAAUAUUUUUUUGUUUGUUCAUGGUGAUUUACAGCUACAAGAUUUGCUCUUUUAAUACGGUGACCUUAGUAAAUCCAGAGGUGACUGAAACCUUAGUGAAGUCUGGUUCUCUGCUGUGUCAUGUGGAUGUCCCUGCACUGUAGCCAGGUCUGGAUAUGUUCUCCCCAUCAAAUGGGUCAGGCCUCAGUGAAUGUUAUCACCCACAUGCAGCAGCGAGCAGGCAGCGCUGAGCAGCCUCUUCUCUUUUUAGAUGCUGAGCGGAGUAUAUAAUAACUCAUUACGUCUUCCCCUCUGGCCCUUGUUUCAGUGCUGGCCUGUUCCGUCCCCCUGGUGAACACUGUUCCCACUUCCACAUAAACAAACACACAGACACAAUAAUUACAAGAAUUAAUACCCCUCUCCAUCUAACUCUCUGUAGUGCACAUGUACACACAUGGGAGAGGUCACAUAAAUGACCUUUUAUCUGCAAACAGGGCUGAUUAAAUUUUACUUUGAGCGAGUAAAUUACAAUGGUGAAUGCUAUAACUGGAUGGACUUCAUCCCACUGCACACAGGAACUGAGAGUCAAGGGCCUUGUAUGGUGCUUGCAUGGACAUUCAUUCAUGCAAGAUACGGUGAUAUGACCUUGCUAUCACCUGUAGGAGUGAUGAUGAGGAUGUUAAUGCGCUCUGUUUCAAGCUCUUAGCCUUGACCCUCUAAUAAUGAGAAAAUAAUAAUCAGCCUUCAAUGGUGUGUGGUGAGUAAUAGCAACAUUGACCUCUUUAGAAGCAUCAAGGUUUUUUUGUUAGGCUAUAGUUAUGGAUGCAUAUCAAACAUUGGAUGAGAAGCCAAUAACGAGUUAUGUUGUAGCUCAGGAUCACUUUGCUUGAUAUGUUAUCCAUCUUACAAAAUUAAACACUUUAAUUACAACCAGGAGGGCACUGGCAGCAACAACUGCCCUGAACCCUUCUUUUCAGUUAAGUAGAUGGAGAUAUGAGUAUGUGAGCCAAACAAUUCCUUUCAGCUACCAUCGGCUUUUCUAUUGGGCUAGUGUAGAUAACUGAUGAGUCUGCAGUGCACAGGCCUUUCCUCUUAAUGAUCCUGGUCCUGUUGACGCGACACUAAUUCACAGUGUGUGUGGCUAUGCACGCACACACCUACAAACAGACACUUAAAAACUCAUAAUCAUAUUUUUUUUACUUACUGCAAUUUCACAUAAUUCAGUUUUUUUUCUUCUUAUGAUGUAUGAUAAUGUGGGUUAGUUCUUGGUUAAAUGAAACAUUAUAUGGCCGUUUUCACUCUAGGCAGUGAACCGUGCCACUUACAAUUCAUUCGAUCAGAUAAAAGCUGAAUGUUCAGUGGAUAGCGAGUUAUAUUGCGUGAAAUGAAAUAGCAGAGGGAUGGGAUACGAUGCUGAUGCUUUUAAUAAUAUGGCCAAUAUUUCCUUACUGCCAGUGCCAAGUUCAAAUAAUCACAUAUUCUGUUUUCCAGCCUCAGCCAACUUCUGCCGCACCUUCCUGAUCCAACCUCUUAGUACUGUUCAAUGAAGUAAUUAUAGCCUAAUGCUUGACUCACACGCCUUUAAAAUGUUUUUUUAAGGGUUUCUAUUCACUUUUUUCACCUUGAAAUGUUACUAAUGAGUCUGAGAUUUAGUUUAUUUAAGUUAAAGCACGGCUACUCUCAGUACAGCAGAAUGGAACAAAUUCAACUGUUUGUGGGCAAAAUGUUUUGGUUUGUUCUAGUUUUUUCAUUGAUUUGAAUGUGGAUUCAAAAGUUUCAAUGAAAUGCUGAUAUGCUACUUAAUCAAUAACUUAUGUUUGUAAUCUGUAAUUAGCCACAUUCAGCCGCAUUAGGACUACCCCAGGAGGGUGUGAUUCUUGUACUUGUAAAUGUGAAAAAUAGACCCUUAAUUAAUGAGAAAUCUAAACCAAUUUUUUAUGUUGUAUCAAUUAAUCAUCCAUCCAGGUCAGAACAACUAAAAUAACUAACUUAAAGGCUGCUGGACUUUUUAGUUGCCUUUGGCAAACAAGUGCAGCUGCCUUUUGACCUUGGUGUGUUUUGAAAGCUAUUGCCUUGAUAAUUUGCUGUUUGAGAACUGGUCAGUUAGUCAGCUACAUUUCUAAGAGUUUAACUAAAAGUAACGUUCACACUUGGUUUGCUGAAUUAAGCUGCUUACCUAGGAAUACAAUGCCUCAUUCUCACAUUACUGUGUGGACAAAUCACACUAGCAGGCAGGCACACUCUGCUCAGGGAAGCCACAGUUACCAAGUGACAACACAAACACAUGAAGUAAGCUGAAGGAAAGGACACAGGCCUGUGAGUAUUCUGAAAUAGAAGAAGAAUGUCGCACGAGUCAAGGUUACAGCCCUAUCACAAUCACACCAGUCCUGAUGCCUCAAAGGGUUGUCUGAGCAGUCAGGAGAAAACACUGGCUUUGCUGCUGGAGCAGGCUUUCAGGAUCAAAGAGGAGGUGGCAGCAGGUCUGCAGUCCACACAGGGCUCUAUCCAGGUGGAGGCAUUUUCCCGCAAACUGCUGGAGAAUCACAUACUGACCAUCACACGCAUUGUCAAGCAGCUUAGCAUGGACAUACAGGCCCUGGAGAGACUGAUCAUCCAGAGGGACUCCAUCACGUCUGGAACCACAGAGGCUGUUCAAAGCCUGGACCAGAAGAACAUGGCUGGCAUUGGAGACCUGAGAGGAAGAGUAGCCAGGUGUGAUGCCAGCAUCUCCAAGCUAAGCGCUGACGUGAGCUCUGGGGAGCGGCAGCUGAUUAGACUGCAGCAGGAGGUGGCAGAGCUCAGGUCAGCUGUGGAUGUAUGGCUCAAAGAGCUGGAAGUCAAGGUUUAUCGUGACAUGGGGAGACUGGAGGCCUCAUUGUCAGAGCACUCCCAGGGCCAAAGGAGUUCCAUGUCUGAUCUGCAUACACAAGUUAAACUACUAGAGAGCAAGAUGUCAGAUGAGCUGAAGGAAGCCAGGGAGCAGACAGAUUUGCUGAGGAAGUGGACAGAACAACAGAUUAACAGCUCAGUCCAGCACUGCACACAACAUCAUGAUAAAAUGUUAAAGGCAACGUCUGCAUUAGCUGACCGGCUACAUGCUCUGGAGGCCCGUGUGGAGCAGUUUGAGACCCAGCUGGGCCGGGCCAACCGUAGUCAGGGCGAUCAGCUGAAACGCUCUGAAACCAAACUCAGUAAAAGAAUGACCUCAGUGGAGAGCAACCUUCAUCAGGAGCUGCAGCUGCUCAAACAGGAAUACGACAAAGGCUUCCUGUCUGUGCAUGACGCAAUUGAGUCCCUGAGGCAGAUAAGUGACAUCAAAUCCCGCCUUGACAAGGAGAAGCUUCAGAAGGAUAUCAGGCACAUCUGCAGCAAGGUGACAGAGCUCAAUGACUUGUGACAUUAUUUACUGAAGAAGAGCCCCUUGUUACUGUCACACCAACCCCGAAGCAAUGUUUUUGAGUCAAACAAACCAGGAGGCAUGCCUGUCAGUAACAGUGUUUAUUCUUCCCUCACUUUUGAUUUUGUUCAGUGAGCCCACAGCUGUUUAGAUUAUAGCUAUAUUUAAUUUAAUCACUCUUUGGAAAUAAGAUAAACCAUCUAGAAAUUUGAAGUAGAGUACCUUUUUGUGAAAUGUUAGGCAACUUAAUUACAGACAUCUGUUAUUAUUGUGGACAUUAAUAUUUGCCAUUGUCAGUGACAGAUUUCAGUUAAUUUCGGUUAAUUAAAUUUCAAUUUCAAUUUAAAAAGGCAUAAAGAUUAAUUGUGUACCACUUUAUCUUUUUUUUCUCCUUAUGAUUUGUCACAUAAGCACAGUCUUGUUAGACCUGAUUCUAAAACUAAAUGAGAACACUAUUGUUUUUAAAAAAUUGUCACACACCUGAAAUGUUUUAUUUCUAAAAAAGAAAAACUGUAUACAAUAAAUUAUUAUUUUUAUUAGUA